AUGGGGCGACUGUGUGUGUAUGCGCUGAUCUUUGUACUGGCUCUGGCCGCCUUCUCCGAAGCUUCUUGGAAGCCUCGCUCCCAGGUGCAGGACGCGCCCUCGGAUCUGGGGGCCAAUAAGGGCCUGGAGCCACGUUGGCCAGACCGGCUGGAUGGGCUGGGUCCAGCCUCUCAUCACCGAAGGCAGCUGGGGCUCCAGGGUCCCCCACACCUGGUGGCAGACCUGUCCAAGAAGCAGGGGCCGUGGGUGGAGGAAGAAGAAGAAGCAUAUGGAUGGAUGGACUUCGGCCGCCGCAGUGCUGAGGAACAGGACCAACGUCCCUAGAACUAAGCUUCAGAGCCCAGCCACCUCCUAGCCCAGCCCAGCCCU